UGCGGAAGUGACGUGGGCAGGCUCACGUAAAGCAUGACGUCUCGCGCGGGGUCACAUUGGACAUGGUGUAGAGUUUUAUAAGAUUAUAUUUCUUGAUGUUUGAACAUUAAUACGGUGUAAAUGGAGUCGACUAAAGAAGAUGAGCCUCAGCUGAGACACGUGGAGACAGAUGUGCUCAUUCCAAAGAUGAUGCGAGAGAAAGCUAAAGAGAGAUGUGUUCAGCACGUGGACGCGUUUACUGCCUGCUGUAAAGACGCCGGUUUCUUCAUGGUGUUUAAUUGUCGUGAGGAAAACGCCGCUCUCAAAGAGUGUCUGACACGCCACUAUCAGGAUCCUGAAUUCUUCCAGCAGUGUAAGCAGGAAUAUAUUCAGGAGAAACUGGAAUAUGAACGCACAGGAAUGCCAACCAAGAGCCAGAAACAGAAGUUACCCACGAGCAUGUAGACGAUGUGUUCAGUCUGGACUCGGAUUCAUCUCUUCUGUUUAUAUUCAUGAUUAACUCCUAGCGUCUAAACCUAAUAAAAAUUCAUCGAGAAUCACAUCAGAUAGAUGUGUGUGCAUCGCUCUCUGACCCUGGAGAAUUACUUUCAUAUCAUGUAAAAUAAUGUGGGCUUCUUUGUUGUUGUUUAAAAGACAAAGUCAUUUGAUGUGUUUGGAUCCGUUAGAAAAGAAGCGGACGAGAAAUACAGAAAUCAUUAAACUCACAAUGUUUGGA